AUGGCCCAAGACGAUCAUGGAUACUACAUCAAAGAUUCUACAAUUGGUGGCCAGGCCGCAGGCAAAGGUUUCUUUAGCAGUAAGGACGUCAAAAGUGGAGAGUCUAUCGUCAUGAUACGUCGUCCACUUAUGGCGUCACUAGAGUCUGAAAGGCUGAAGGACACGUGCGCAAAUUGUUAUAUUUGGACCGAGGGUUCUUCGAUUGGGUCGAGACUCUAUGUGAAGGAAGGGACUACCGUCUCAACAUGUGCGGGAUGCAAGCGUUUCCGGUACUGCAGCAAAGCAUGUCAGAAAGAAGCAUGGAACCGCGGCCAUAAGCACGAGUGCAAGAACCUAAAACCAGUUGCCGACAGAGAGCUACCCAAAGCCGUAUUGGGCUGCAUGGAGAUCCUAGUCCGACGGAAACAUGGCCUUAUAGACGAUCAAACCUGGCAACUACUAUGUCACCUAGACUCUCACAUCGAUGACUUCAAGAAUAAUGGCAACUACGGAGGAAUCGAGCUGAUGGCCAUGGGGACCAGCCAGUUUUCCGCCACGCAAGAGACCUUCAACAAAGACUUCGUUGCUGCUAUGUACGCGAGACUACUAUCCAACUCGAUGACCCUCAUGACACCAACUUUUGAUCCUCUUGGAAUUGUUAUCGAUGCACUAUUAUGCCAUCUCAACCACUCGUGCGACCCGAAUACGUACAUAGUCAUGGACGGACCGCAGAUGCAGCUCCGAGCGCUCAAAGACAUCAAGAAGGACGAGGAGCUUUUUAUCUCAUAUAUUGACCCUACGAUGCCCUACUUGCGACGGCAAAGCAAACUUCAACAACGUUGGUUCUUCGAAUGUAGAUGCAUCAAGUGUCGACAGGGUCCGACAUUGCAGGAAGACGAAUGGGCCAUAAAGCCAGGAGCCCUUGCACAACAAUACCAGAAAGUAGCUGAUGAAGAAAUUCAACGGAAUGAACAAGAGGAGGACCCAGCAAGCUUUGUAGGAGAUUCGCUUGACGAACGAAGAGUUGCAGCACUGCAAGCGAAAGCCUUCGACAUGUACGAGGCAGAACAGCGCCAAUCGGAUCCAGCCGAAGCAAUCCGCAUCAUCGAGGACGCAAUAGCCAUAUGCAUCAAAUCGAAACUAUGGCCCGCCCAUCGUCAACCUCUUCCCGCUCUCAGGGACGAUCUCAUCAUCAACAUGCUCGCAGUCGGCAACUACGAAGGCGCAUGGUUCGAAUGUGCCAAGCGCCAUCGUCACGUUAUACCCAAGCUUUAUCCCCAGAUGCAUCAUCCUAUCCGCAUCGUCCAGACAUGGCAGAUGGCAAUGCUAGCACAGUACCUUGCGAGUGCAGGCGCGGUACUUGCCCCCGGCGCUGACAUGGCGCUCAUAGCGGCUAUGAUGAUCAAUACCAUCAACGUCACGUCGAGAAUGAGCCAUGGUCCGGAUAGUGCUUUUGCCAGGAGUGUGCAGCAGAAGUUCUCAGAGGUGGAGGGUGAAUUACUGGGCAAAUUUGGUUCGAAGGAUGCGAUGAAUGCAGCGAUACAGCGACAAGUGAAGCUGUUGGCGGAGAUGGGCAAAUAA